AAUAAAGAUUACAUGGUGUAAAGUAAAGGAAGUUUGUAGCUGAAAGAUGAAUUUUGAAGAAAUAUUGGAGUAUCUUGGACACUUUGGGUCAUAUCAAAUAGUCGUGUAUUCUUUAGUAUGUGUCCCAUCUGUACUAGUAGGCAUUCAUAUUAUGGCCUCAGUCUUUUUAAUGGGAAUACCGAAACACAGGUGUUUCAUUAAGAACUGUGACAACUCACUCUCUGAGUUUGAGGAGCCCUGGUUUCCAUAUUCUAUUCCAAAAAAUGAUGCAAGUGGAGUUAAAGGAUUCAGCCAGUGUUUCAGAUUCCAAAAAGCAACAAGCACAGGGAAUGUUUCUUGUUUAGCCACUGAUUUUCGUAAUACUACAGAGAAGUGUUCGGACUGGGUGUGGAACAAGGAAGAAUUUCAAUGGACAGCUGUGUCAGAGUGGAAUUUGGUUUGUGAAAAAAGCAUGUUUGUUGCCUUAUCUGGUUCUGUCUUUAUGGUUGGGAUCUUGGUUGGAGCGCUUAUAUUUGGAGCAUUGGCUGAUAAAGUUGGCAGGAAGCGAGUAUUUCUUUUUGCUCCACCGCUGUUGGUGUUAUCAUCUGUUGGAACUGCCUUUUCCCCCAACUAUGUUGUAUUUAUUCUUCUUAGAUUUAUAACUGCUGCAGCAGUAUCUGGACUGUUCCAGACAGGAUAUGUAGUAGUGGUGGAAGCUGUUGGGGUAUCUCGAAGACUUUGGUGUGCUAACAUGCUUCAAGUUGUAUUUGCUUUCGGAGAGUUACUGUUGGCUCUUGUUGCCUACUUUGUCCGGAACUGGAGAACGUUAGAGUUAGUAAUAGCUGGACCUACUUCUCUGCUCCUGGUGUAUUAUUGGAUUCUUCCAGAAUCAAUUAGGUGGUAUAUUUCUAAGGAAAAGUUUGAAAAAGCAAGAAGAACAAUUGAGAAGGCUGCUUUAUGGAAUAAAGUUGACAUGCCAGAUUCUGUUUAUACCUCAAAAAACACCUCAUUCUGUGAUCAAGACAGUAAGAAACCCACAGCAGGAAUCAUGGACCUGCUAUGUAAUCCAUGCCUUCGUAGACGAACACUAAAUAUUGCUUUUAACUGGUUCGUUAAUUCUUUGGUCUACUAUGGGCUUUCAAUGAAUGCUGGCAACCUUGGAGGUGAUGUCUAUGUAAAUUUUGUUGCUCUUGCAGCUGUUGAGAUUCCUGCUGUUAUAUUAGGAACACUGAUACUUUCCUGUGUUGGCCGAAAAACUUUACUUUCAGCAAUGUUGCUACUUGGAGGACUAUGCUGUGUUGUAAAUCCUUUCAUCCCUACAGCUUUUGCUUGGGCUGGCACUACACUUGCUGUGAUUGGGAAAAGUCAGAUUGCAGUGUCUUUUGCUGUGGUUUAUGUAUAUUCUGCUGAAAUAUUUCCAACAGUUGUCAGGAAUGCUGGUAUAGGAUUUAGCAGCAUGUGUUCCAGGCUAGGGGGAAUCCUUGCACCAAUAGUAGCUAACUUGGGCACAUUCUACGAACCUCUUCCAAUGUUAAUCUUUGGGGGGACAGCUCUAACAUCAGGACUCCUGACAUUGUUUCUUCCAGAAACUCGUGACCAGGAUCUGCCUGAAACAAUAGAAGAUGCAGAAAAUUUUGGAAGCUCUAUAAAGCAACUACCAAAAAAAUAUUUUCCUGAUGAUGAGAGUCACACAUCCAAGAAACUGCAGGAAGGAACUGUUUCUCACAAUGACAGUUUAUUUGAAAAUGUAGAUGAACACUUGGAUCUUUUAGGAUAAGGAUUUUGUUAAUUUUUCAAUAAUGUAAUUUGUGAAUUUGAUAAUAUAAUCUUUAAGUGAAAAGUGAAUCUACUUCCUGUUCACAUGUUUUUUCUAUUGAUAACAUACCAAAAGCAGCAGUUAGUUAUCAGGCUAUAGCCAAAUAAUAUUUUCUAACUACACUGUAUCAACAGUGACUGAGUAUGACAAUGUAAUGUCUACUAUCUUUAGCCAUGUAACAGAUGUUAGGUUGUAGCCACAGUUAUUACUAUAAACUUGUAUGCUGUAACCCCCUCCCCUCCAAAGAAAGUUUUAUUUCAUUUUGUCUGGUUGUACAAAUGCCUAAUUUUUAAAUUUGUUUUAUUUUCUAUAUUUUCAUGAUAAAUAAUUGAAUAUGUUAACAAUGUUCAUGUGUUUUAAGAUUAGGUUGAUUAUAAUUG